CGGGGCCGGGGGGGUAACGGGGGUAAAUGGGCCGGGAGCGGGGCGAUGCGUUAUGGGUAUAGCGAUAAAUAGAGCGAAACUUGGAGGCUGGGGGGCACAGCGAAGCCCCGAAGGCCUGACAGCGGCCUGGACACAAAGCGGGGGCUGUGCGCGGGAACCGGAGCGAACGGGCAGCACCGAAAGGCCGGGGCUGCUGCAUCCAAACUAGUGACCGGAUCCGGGCAGAAGAGGAAACAUGGAUGCAUCGCGCCGCAGUGGGAAGAACUGUCCGAGCUCGGGGCCGGCCAGCAGGAGAGUGAAGGUGGAACAUGGAUUUAAUCCCUUGUGCAGCCUGUGCUGCCCUCAGCCUGACGGAGCCAUGUACCCACCCUACAUCAGAGAGCAGCGGACAAACCUGGAUGUUCUCAGGAACCGUAAACCUAUCGAGACGCCAGGACCUGGAGCAUAUGAUGUAGACCCAGGCUAUCGAGCUUGCUUACCCAGCUCCCGCAGCAUCACCAUCCAAGGAGUCAGGAGACCCAAGAGACACGACAUCGGCCCCUUUACAACAUUCUGAAAUAAACUGCAGAAUUCCACCCCAGCCACAACCUCUUCAGUAGUUAAAAAUACACAGGAGCUCAACCUCA